AUGGGAGAUAAUCAAGUCAGGGACGCAUCCCCCCAGGGCCCUUCGCCGAAGCCCAUCCACGAAGAACCCCAGCCUGCUUCGAGGAGUGAGACGCAGGAACAAACCGACGAUGUCGGGGCCCUUAAGACCGAUAUUGUUCGCCUCAAGGCCGCGCUGCAUGGGGAGAGAAGGGAGGGCUCGAAGCAAGGGUGGUCGAAAUUCCCCGGAGAAAGUAGCUGGCCCGCACCAGAUCCCACAUAUCCUCCAAUGGGAUUUCGAGAUCUCUUCUUUGCAGCAAAAUCAUGGGCCGAGUGCUACGUCGAGGAAGAUACAGCCGUUCUGGCAAAAUCCUCCACCAAUGAGAAGCAAAGCAUUCUCCGUGCUCUCGAGGGCUACUGUGUACAGGACUUAGACUGGGAUACAUUCAUAGGGUCUCUUCCUUAUCCGAUCUGUGACACUGCGCCCCGAAAACUUGCCCAAUCCAUGUUAGUGAAGGAUGUCAUAGACAAAUUCUUCAUAAACCCUUUCUAUUACUUGGACGAAAUGACAUAUCAUGAAGAGAAACAGACUGAAAAGUCUCCAUCUUUCCCUCAACACCUCCAGCAUCUGUUCCAGCAGUUUUUGACGGCAAGCCCUGCGUCUGCCAUGAACUGGAAAACCGAGACCGUUCGUCUUGCCAACUCGGCUGAAGAUAACCAAGCUCCCAACACCGAACUGGGCAUGCGUACCAAAAAGCGGCGCGAGGAAGCAGCUCGGUCCUUUGCUUCCUCCAUGCUAACUUACCCUCCGUUCCUAAUACUACUGCGUGAAUGUGAAGACCCCAAGCGUAAGGCGGAUCUCGUUGGUUAUUACCAGAAAGCCCAGGAAUUGGCUAUCUGCCUCGACCAAUGGGGGGAGACCUGCGAGUGUACGGAUCUCAAGCGGUUGAGCCCGUCCGUAUUCUCUCAUCGGUCGGAAAAUAUGAAGGCUCACUAUAACCAUCAUAUAAUGCCUGCCGACAAAGACGACCGGUUAGAUGGGCAUCAGAUUCUGUUCAUUACUCAGCCGGUCGUAUCGCGCCUGCGGGGUGCCGCUUCAAUCAGCAUCGAGGAACGAUGGGCCAUAAUAGAAGCAGUGGUCGAGGAUGGCAAGAUGAUCAAGGAGGAAUACGAGAAAAUGAGCGAGGAGCAAACUACACGAAAUCAUGAACGGGGAAGGAGGAUAGCGGAGGAAAACUCGAGGCAGCAGGCAGAGUGGGCGAAAUUGGAAGCUAGAGACGACGACGAAGGGGAAGAGGAGACUGAGAAAGGGGUAAGCACCAAAAAGAGGGGGAAUAAGGAGAAUGAGGAAGACCAAAAAAAAGAGCAAGAUGAUAAGGAUGAUGACAACGAGGGGAAACGACCAAAGAGAGUGACCAAGGAGGUGAAAGUGAAAGAAACAAAAAGAAGAGGGCGCCCAGUAAGAAAAGGCAAGCGAGUGGCAAACAGAGAGACUUCGUGA